GUUACGUCACCAUCCUGCGACAGCCUGCCCCGAGACGCGCCAGCCGCUGGCUCAGCCUUUCGCUCCCCGGCCUCCCCCUCCCUGGUUCCGCGCUCUGGUUCCGCCAUGGAAUCUAACAAGGAUGAAGCCGAGCGCUGUAUUAGCAUCGCCCUCAAGGCCAUCCAGAGCAACCAGCAUGACAGGGCGCUCCGCUUCCUGGAGAAGGCGCAGCGGCUGUACCCGACCCCGCGAGUUCGCGCCCUGAUCGAGUCUCUCAACCAGAAACCACAAUCUGCCGGUGACCAACCCCAAUCCACAGAAGCAACCCAUGCAACCCAUAGGAAAGCAGGCGGGGCCAGCUCUCCCUCGGCCAACGGUGAAGCCGGAGGAGGAGAGAGCACCAAAGGCUACACUGCAGAACAAGUAGCAGCCGUGAAAAGGGUCAAGCAAUGUAAAGAUUACUACGAGAUCCUGGGGGUGAGCAGAGGGGCUUCUGAUGAGGACCUGAAGAAGGCCUACCGCAAACUGGCCCUCAAGUUCCACCCAGACAAGAACCAUGCGCCUGGCGCCACCGAAGCUUUCAAAGCCAUCGGCACAGCGUAUGCAGUACUCAGCAACCCAGAGAAAAGGAAGCAGUAUGACCAGUUCGGUGAUGACAAGAGCCAGGCAGCCCGACAGGGCCAUGGGCAUGGGGACUUCCACCGUGGCUUUGAGGCCGACAUCUCCCCUGAAGACCUCUUCAACAUGUUUUUUGGAGGUGGCUUCCCAUCUAGUAACGUCCAUGUCUACAGCAAUGGCCGCAUGCGCUACGCAUACCAUCAAAGGCAGGACCGCAGGGAGAACCAGGGUGACGGUGGGCUGGGGGUGUUUGUCCAGCUGAUGCCCAUCCUCAUCCUGAUCCUCGUGUCAGCUCUCAGCCAGCUUAUGGUCUCCAGUCCACCCUAUAGUCUGAGCCUGAGGCCGUCGGUGGGCCACGUCCACAAACGGGUCACUGACCACCUGAACGUCGUCUACUACGUAGCAGACACAUUCUCUGAAGAGUACACAGGCUCCAGCCUCAAAAUGGUUGAACGGAAUGUGGAAGACGACUAUAUUGCCAAUCUCCGAAACAACUGUUGGAAGGAAAAGCAGCAAAAGGAAGGCUUGCUGUAUCGGGCCCGCUACUUUGGCGACACAGAUAUGUACCACAAAGCACAGAAGAUGGGCACCCCAAGCUGUAACCGACUGUCAGAGGUGCAGGCCUCCCUGCAUGGAUAGUCCUGGGCCAGCCGUGCCACCGAGGUCCAAACUAUGAAAUCCCUGGAGAAUUUUUGGUGACGUGCACUGAGCCAAGGUGAUGGACUGUAUGUUUAAGGAAAGACAUAACAAGGAAAAAAAUUAAAAUGGAAUUGGAGGCCGAAUGCCACACAACUGCCCUCUCUCUCACCCAGUAAAUGCAGAAAGCUCUUAGGACAGACAGGAAAACCUGCCACGGGGCUGCUUCCCUUCCUCCCAAGGCUGGCAAAGGCUCAGGCUCCACAUCGGCUCUCUCCUAGGAUACAGAAACCAUGGCAACGAAAGUAGAAUGUAAAACUUGCAGCAAAUGUCUAUGGGAAGGGCUGGGGGAAGGGGCACCCAGCUGCCUUUCUUCCCCCUCCCUGAAGCCACCACCAAUCACCUCAGUGGAAGCAAUCAGAGGUGUUGGCCAAGGAGAAAGAGGAAGAUGAAAGCGAACUCUCCAUAGAAUGUAAUUUAUAGAUGCGUGUAUAUGUAUAUAUCUAUUUAUAUGUAAAUAGCAUAUAUAAAGAUAUAUAUAUAUAUAUAGCCUACUUUUUAAACUAUGCAGGGAUUUGGUUAAGUUGUUCAGCUAAUUUCUUCCCUGUUUUAGAAAACAGCUUGGGGAAGGUAGCCUGGUCCUUCAAAGGCUAGACAUUAGCCAUAGCUGACAGCAUAAGGAAAGUCGGAUCCUAGCUUUUAACAGUCCCCUCAACCCCAGCCUGGUUUUGAUGGCAGCAGCAAUCAUGACAGUAUAAAUCUGUGGAAAACUUGGAGGGUUGCCAGGUUUAUGGUUAAGCUGGGGGCGGGGGCAGGGUGUGGAGCAGGCUGCAGGGGGAGAAAUUCCUCCUAAGGCCAGGCGCCAGGUUAGUAUGGAGUCACAGUGGAGGCCCCAGACGGUGUGUAGGGAUGAGACACCCCCCCCCCCCCCCCCCCCCCCGCCAAGCUCUGGCCAGCUCAGGUGGGCGCUUUGCCUGGUGCCUAGCCACAGAGAACAGCAGGGUUGGCGGGGGACCAGGUUCUGCCUGACCACCAGCCCCCUUUAGUUCCUAAAUCAGUUUGGCCUUAUAGGUGCCCCAGGGCACAGCCCCGUUGUUGCUACUGGUUUUUCCUAAGUCGUGGAGCAAGGACUUUAGAUGGCUUUUUCUCCAAGAUUCAGUCAGGUGGUGCCCAGGACGCUGGGGCAGCAGCCAACUCCUGAAAAAAGUCCAUGACCAUGGACAUCUCUGUCUCUACCCUCCAUGGACAUGACGCCACCCGGCCUUCUCUUGCACAUUGGACAAAGGAUGCACCUGAACCAUUUUCUUACUUUCACCGUCAAAUGAGAAUUUUUCUCAAAACAGCAGUUGCUGCCAGGGGGAAGGGAGGGAGGUUUUAUUUAUUCCCACAGUUUAUACUGGGCCUUUUGGAAUUACCUUUUUUUCCCCAAAUUUUCCUCUGGCGGUGAGUGUGUCACUGAGCCUGCCAUCCUCCGAAGCCUUACUACCCCAAGCUGCCAGCCAGGAGGGGAUAACCACCCUCCCAGAGCUUCUCUCAGCUCUUUUUUUAAAGUCCCCAACAUAGGAUUCUUGCUGGGAAAGGAAGCUUGGUUAAGAAAUGUCAAACAUGGUUUUUACAAGGUCUUGCCCUGUGACGAAGCAGCCACCCCAGUCCAGAGAGAUGCUCAGAACUGGAUGUGGGUGAGAGCGCCCUGCCCACAGUGGCCCCGGUGCUCUGCGCCCACCACCCCGACCACCUGGUCUCGGUAGAUGUCCCUAGAUGGGCUGAGCCAUGUGCAAUAAGAACGUAGAUCCUAAUGGAUCCCCUGAGAAGCUGUAUUUCUUGAAUUAGAAUUCUGAAAUUGUAUAUCUAUAAAUAUAUGUUUAUUACGUGA